AUGGUUAAUUUUACAACAAGAAGACCUCCUGUUGAUCCUGCAACAAGGAGGGCUACCGACAUUAAUAUAUUCAAUUUCACUAGACCUCAUAUGCGAGCUCUCCAUUUCUCAUGGUUUUGUUUCCUUACUGCUUUUACAGGCUGGUUCGCUGUUGCACCCUUAUUACCUACUAUUAAAGAUGAUUUAGAUUUAACUGAUGCACAAAUUGGUGAUUGUAAUAUAGCUUCUGUCUCUUCAACCAUAAUAUUUCGUAUAUUGUCUGGUCCGUUAUGCGAAAAAUUCGGUGCGAGACGUGUCAUGUCUGCUAUACUUAUCAUAGGUGCUAUACCUACUGCUCUUGUCGGCUUAUCACAAGGUCCUGCUUCUCUAAUAACUUUAAGAUUCUUUGUUGGUAUUCUCGGCGCGUCAUUUGUACCUUGUCAAUUCUGGACAACUCAAAUGUUCAGUCCAAAUACUAUAGGUGGUGCUAACGCAUUAUCCGCAGGCUGGGGUAAUAUGGGUGGUGGUGUUACUUAUUUACUUAUGCCUUUAGUAUUUGAGGCAUUUAAUACCUUCUUUCCUGAACGUAUCGCUUGGCGUCUAUCUAUGAUUGUUCCGGCUUUUCUAUGCUUAAUAGUUGGUAUAUGUUGUUACUUUUUUAGUGAUGAUUGUCCGGAAGGUGAUUGGUAUUAUCGUGAUCAACCCAAUGAAGGUUAUGUUCAAUUUGGAGAAAAGGAUUCAAGACAACCUAAAACAAAAAUUAAUAAUAAUAAUAUAGAACUUCAUCAAAUUCCUGUCUUAAUUCAUUACCUUCUUGUUUUCAUUAAUCCUAAUGUAAUUUUAAUGAUGGUAAUGUAUGCAUGUUGCUUUGGAGUGGAAGUAGCUGUUGAUAAUGUUAUUGUAAUCUUUCUUUAUUCUUCAUUUAAUAUUUCUCAAACUUCGGCUGGUUUAUAUGGUUCAAUAUUUGGACUUAUGAACAUUUUUUCUCGUGCUACUGGAGGUCUAGCUUCCGAUUUUGCAAAUAAAACAAUGGGUGUUCGUGUUCCUUAUCUUGAUCCAGCAGCUGUGGGUAUAGUUACAGGAUUAGUAGGAGCAGGAGGUAAUAUUGGAGGUUUAAUAUUCGCAGCAAUUUUCAAAGCUUAUGCUAGUGAUCUACGGACAGGAUUCAUGAUAGUAGGAUUAUCCGUAAUAACUGUUUCAUUGUUACCAUUUUUAAUGAGUAUUCAUGGGCGAACAUUAAUUUUUGGAACAGUUAAAAGAAAUUUCUAA